AUGGGUCUUGGAACACGAGAACUGCCUGCAGAAGGUUCGGACAAGUGUGCACGGCCUUUGGAAGGUCAAGGGAGGUUGGGGAAUGGUAUGAACGCUCCAACCCCAACUAACAGAACUAGAGCAUCACAUUGUAACACAAUUUCCUUGCUGUUACCAAGAGAUGAAAUUAUUCAGCAGGAUUAUGAAGUAAAAGACAAAGAAAGUGGUAUAUCAUUCCUAGAGAAAUCUCCUUUCCAUCGCUCAGGGGAACCACUAACAAAUGAUAGUUUAGUAUUCACAAUUCUUCACAUCACACAGUACACAGGUAUUCCACGCACCACUAUAGAAGGACUCAGGGCCAUAGCUCUGCUGCUCGAAGACGGCCUCAAGACUGCAACAGAGGACCAAAUGCUCAUCCAGCGACUGUCAAACUCUCUUUCGACCUCCCUUUCAACCCAAGUUAUUGACAACCUCUCAAACAUGCUAUCCACCCACAUUAUUGCAGCCAUCUCGCCUCAAGUAGCCAGCAUUUUAACAGCAUCAGAUACCCUCAAACUUAACAUCGAUGCCAUCACCAAAUACAAAUCUACAAUAGAAGAAAAUUCAAAAGAAGACAACACCUCUGCGUCUGCAGCUGCAAUCCGUGCAGAACUUGCAGCAGAAGCCGUCCUAAGCAGCAUUUCCAAUGUUAAAGAUGCAAUAGAAUCACUCACACACCCCUCCACAGCCCUACCAGGAUCUCCAAAGACAUACAGUGCUGAAGUUCAACAAAACAUACCAACCCUGGCUCCGAUCUCGGCUGCACUUAUUCGUGCAUCAACAAGGGACCGGCAAAUACUAUUCGACUCAGUACCAGGCCAGACCCUAUUUGCACCCGAAGUGUCUCCUGCCAAAAUAGCAAGCAAGAUGAAACAGGCCCUUGCAGCAAUAGAAUCAGACAACAUGCCAGCUACCCAAAUCAAAGCCAUCACCUGCCUUCGGAACGGAGGACUUAUCAUAGAACUUACCACUUCAGAAGCUGCCACCUGGAUUAGGACACCGUCUAAUCGGCUCAAGAUCAUUAAAGCCCUCGGGAUCAGCACCACCAUCAAGGAAUGA